GAUUCCUUUCCUCAAUUAAUUUGUAGUCACAGGACACAACAAACCCUUUUCUUCCUCUCUAUGGCUUCACUCAUGCUGCCGCCACCAUCAUCAAAUGAUCAGGAGAUGCGAAUUGAUGUUAAUUCACUCAUUGAUUCACCACAAUUAUCAAUUGAAUCAGGUGCAUCAUUGUCACUUCAAUCCUCUGAUUUGGGAAAAAAGUUAGUAGCGUUUCUCGGAUUUAUAUCAUUCAGAGCGGAGUCUGUCAAGAAUCAGAUAGGAAGAGCUAGUGCAUUGGAGAAUUUGGACUUGGGAAAGACACUGAUGGGAUUAGCUUUUCCAGCUGCUACAGGGCUUGUGGGUCUGAUAUCCCAGGCUACAACGAACCAUCACGAGCUUCUGCUGCAAUUAUUGACUACUGGGUUUGCAAUUUCAUUUGGAGCUUCAUUCAUGGCGGUUCUGCUGCGACAGAGCUACCCGAGGAUUGCAAAUACAGGCGAGAUUUUGGGAGCUGUUUCGGCUGUGAUUACUUUCUUCACGUUGGUGUGUUGCUAUGUGCCUAACAAUCUGGUGUGGGUUUUGGGUAUAUUUUGCAUUCUCUGUCUUUCUCCAUUUAUACUACUACUCUUCAAAUCAUCUGAAGAAAGCGAACAGCUGCCUAGCGCAGCUGGCUUAGCCCCUGCUUAGUGGGCACUAGGUCCCAGGAGGUUCGAACCAUGGUUUCAAAAAUUGCCUUGAUCGAAUUGGUAUCGAUCGAGACCAACCCCAGUCUUGAUCAAUCUGAUAUCGAUCUAUUGUGAUUUUAACAGAAAAAACAGGAAAAAAUCUAUUCCAUCCUAUCCGAUCCCUGAAAUCAGAAACCUUGGUUGAACAACUCGAGCCUCCUGGGUUCCAAGCAUCUCGGCAAUUAUUCUUGGCUCGUUGGUUGCCAAGUCCCAGGGGAGGUGAUUACUCUCUCUCUCUCCCUCCUGGUAGCCUCUACGGCUGUAUCCAUCUAGAGAAAGGGGAAUAGUCCCUAAAAAUAAGGGGUAUAAUAAAUCAUCCAAGACUGGGAGAGUCUCGUACUCUUGAGUCAGUCGUUGGUGUGCUUGUCCAGGGUUUUAGAUGUACGUGUGUUUGUCCGGAGUUUUAGAUGUAUAAUGGUUCUCUCUCCUCCGUUCAAUAGUGAUAGAGACGUCAUUUCAUUCGGGAGAGGGGAGA